UGCAGAGCCUCUUUAACGCAUCCAGUAGAAAUGACAAACCAGAGGCGCUGCACGGGCCAGCAUGUCCAAUAAUAACAAUAAUCAUGGGCUUUAGACACAGCAUCUCAUCUGAAACUCACACCCUCAGACAAUAACGAGGCAUCUUUGGGACGUUUUUUGAGGGUCUGCGGACACCCUCGAAGUUGGAGCUGUGUCGCCAAAUAGAUGUCGGAAUGAAACCUCCACUCCUAUCGGACUGAAGCAAGGAGUAAAAGAAACCUCUGCAUGUUCAAGUUUCCUGCUCCAACCAGAGGGACAUCGCUGCGUGCGUGUUGGAUGUGUGUGUGGAAGUGUGUGUUGGGUGCGUGUGUGUGCGCAGCGGCGGCGGUGGUGGUGGUGGUGGUGGUGGUGGCCGCGGGAAGGGAAGUUUAGCGCCGUGAUUUGUCUUCUUUCCCUCUCUUCUGUUGCGUUGUUCUCCAUGCCACACCAGGGGACAGGCGGAUUAACGUUUCCCUGAUGAGAAUUAAUCAACUGUGCAGAGGCUCUGAGAUCGUGACUGUGAUGAUGAUGUCGAGUAAGAGCGUGGAGUGGCUGCAGGAGGAGCUGGAGUCCGGGGCCAGCUCCCUGCUGCUGCUGGACUGCAGACCCCAUGAGCUGUACGAGUCCUCGCACAUCGAGUCGGCCAUCAACCUGGCAAUCCCGGGCCUCAUGCUCCGGAGGCUGAAGAAGGGCAACCUCCCCAUCCGCUCCAUCAUCCCCAACAACGAGGACAAGGAGAAAUUUGUGAAGCGGUGCAAGACGGACGUGGUGGUUCUGUACGACGAGGCGACCCCGGAGCGGCAGGAGUCCGGGCUGGGGAGCUCCGUGCUGGGGCUGCUGCUGCAGAAACUGCGGGACGACGGGUGCAAGGCGUUCUACCUGGAGGGGGGCUUCAACAAGUUCCAGUCGGAGUACCCCGAACACUGCGAGACAAAUUUGGACUGCUCCUGUCCCAGCAGCUCCCCACCAGCCUCCGUCCUCGGCCUCGGAGGUCUGCGCAUCAGCUCUGACUGCUCUGAUGGAGAGUCUGACCGCGAGCCGGGCAGCGCCACAGAGUCAGAGGGCAGCCCGCUCCCCAGCAACCAGCCAGCGUUUCCCGUCCAGAUUCUGCCGUACCUCUACCUGGGCUGUGCCAAAGACUCCACCAACCUGGAUGUGCUCAGCAAGUACAACAUCAAGUACAUCCUCAACGUGACGCCCAACCUGCCCAACAUGUUCGAACAUGAAGGCGACUUCAAGUACAAACAGAUCCCCAUCUCCGAUCACUGGAGUCAGAACCUCUCUCAGUUUUUCCCUGAGGCCAUUUCAUUCAUCGACGAGGCUCGCUCGAAGAAGUGCGGCAUCCUGGUGCACUGUCUGGCCGGGAUCAGCCGGUCGGUGACGGUCACGGUUGCCUACCUGAUGCAGAAGCUCAACCUGUCGCUCAACGACGCAUAUGACUUUGUGAAGCGGAAAAAGUCGAACAUUUCCCCAAACUUCAACUUCAUGGGCCAGCUGCUUGACUUUGAGCGGACGCUGGGCCUCAACAGUCCCUGUGACAACCACUCGACAUCCCCGACGCACGAGCAGCUCUUCUUCACCACCCCGACCAAUCACAAUGUGUUUCAACUGGACACGCUGGAGUCCACAUGAGAAUCAGACGGGGGGGACUGUCCCUUUCUUUGACGGGUUAAAGGUGGUAUUGUUACCAUGGUAACAAGCGGCUGCACUGGAGCAGCCAGUUUUAAUGAAUGUUUUAGCCUCCGAGGGUUCGUUGUCUGCGAGCCUGGCCACGGAGCAGCAUCGGAGGGGCAGGAGAGGUCACAGUUGGCACGUUAAAAAGGGGAUAGGGUGCUAUUUUAGCCAGAGAGAUAACUGACAGCUGGGUUGAGGAUGGCAUCCUCCUCAGGAGAUGAUUGAAAUUGAGGGAGGAAGAGCUCCGAUCAACUUGUCUUGUCUCGAAGAACCAAGGAGACUGAACUGACUGAGAAACUGAGCGAAGGACGCAGCAGGACAGACAGCUACAUACAAAGACAGAAAAAACCUACAUCACUCGACUCAUGGACAACAACAUCCACUCUGUCUUUCUGUCUCGGCUCCCGAGUCGAGCUGACUGGUGCCAAGUGGAGAAUCUGGGAUUUACUUAUAGGAAAUCUCACUCUACUGAAUGUAGAGUUUUACAAACCAAGGAAUUAACACACACACACACACACACACAAACAUAAACAAAGUACGUAUGUUUGUUCCGUAUGUAUGAUAACGUACAUAAAUGUAUGGGCAGUCCUUAACAAAUUCAGUAUGUCUUUAUGCAUUUUUGGAUAUUUUUGUGUACAUUUACGCACAAAUCUAUACCUUAUAUAAAUAUAUAUAUACGCAUAGAAAUCUUACCUAUCCAAUCCAGAUGGCUUAGGAGAUAGUAAAACUAAAGGACGGUAAUGGGUGUGAAGACGCCAGAAAAGAGGAACGUUGAGGGGAUAUUCCUAGUUGUCUUUUUUCUUUUUCAAGUUUCGUUUUUCUUAUAGUUUGUUAUGACCUAAUGCAGUUUGCACAGUGGUGAAGCCAUUGACUUGUUGGCACUUGAAGCCGGUGCUGAAAGCAGGCAGAUAAAGAGACAUUCAGAGUCGAGAGGCGGAGAGGAGAGGCCAGUCCCAGGCUGCGACAUGUCCCGACAUGUCCCGACAGCUGCAUGCCGAGUGGGGAGGGUGCAGAGGACGAAGUUCAGGGGUCAGAGGGUUGGGUUAGGGGCAAAGACGGGCAGUGGGUAGGACAAGGGCAUGUAGGGUGGGUGUGGGUAAAGACACUAUAAGUUCCCAGUUCCUUCUUUGUUUCCCCCUAUGACUUUUCAUCCAGUUGCCUUACAAGACGUUGUUUCCACCAACUGUUUUGACUAGUUACUACUGAACUUCCUCUUAUUUCAUCACAGCAUGUUGUCUGACUAGUAAAUGUUGCCAAACUGGUUUCUCACAACUCUGACGUUUUUACUUUGAGGUCUAUAAGGGAUGCUAGGGAGUUAACAUUUGUAAAUAACUUUUUGGGCAGCUUAUCUUAGCAAACCUUUGUUGAGGGAAGUGAGUCAGCCCUCUCGUAUUACUUCUCUUUGCCUGAGCCAAUCUUUUUAAAGAUGUUGGUACAAGUUCGCAAAGUUUAGGACCAGGGAAUGUGAUUGUAUCCUGUCUCUGUGUUGGGAUAAUGAUGUUGUGGAUUGGCACUGGCCUCAGCUACAGACUGCACUUACAUACUUCAAUAGCUUCAUGUCCCUUAACUGCAUUGGAAAAAACAAAAGAAAGGUCUUUCUGCAAAGAGUUUACCCCAUUUCGUCAAAGAACGGUUUGUCUGAGUUGAUUCACCCUUAAGCCUUGGGUAAAUGGAAGAUAUAUUAAAGCCACAUUGGUAUAAAUAUAUAUAUUAUAGAGCAAAUAGUAAACAGAUCUACAUUAUUUUGUAUACCUGCGCAUGCUGUGGUACUAUAUGCUCUCUAACAGUCGUAGCCACGGGUUGGAUGUUGCUUCCCAAGAUGGGACGAUGAAUGAUGAGGACCGUUUUUUUAACUGCUGUUGCUGCUGAACACAGCGGUAAACAGCAGGGGGUUAAAGAGUUUCCUCAGAUCCUGUCCACAUCAGAAGCACCUUAGCAAAAAAGACAAAAUAUGAGCAAAUGCUGCAGCACUUAAAGUUAUGGAAAUCUCGUGGGUACAUUGGGCGUUAUGCAAGAAUUCUUUUGUAUUCUUAAACUUAAAUCAUUCCUUUAAGUAUAUGUUUAAAAAUUGCUUUAUAAGGCAACCUAUUUUGCUUUUUAUGGGAGCGUUUUAGUCAUAAAAAUAAUCAAUGUAACACAUUACACUAAGCAGUAACAGUAGUCUUAUACUGUAAGUGUAUUGAGGUCAAAAGAUAAAUUGGACACGGUUGUCUUUGUGGUUUAUUGUUACAGGACUAAAGCAGGAACGGUUAGAUAUGAAAUCAGAUGCUAAAGAACAUCAUGACUGUCGUAACAGCUUCUUUCAGUUUUGAGCAGGUGUUUCAUUCAACUCUAGGUCCUUCUUUGUUCUGUUGGUCUAAGGCGGACAUGCAGUUGGUUGAAACAUAUCUAAUAAAACUAAAAGGAGAAUGUGACAAAUUCUUGCAAUAGGCCCACAGUUACAGCAAACUACAGGUUUGGUUAAAGAGUGGUGAUGUGGACGGGAUCUAAAUUGAGACAAUGAACUGGGUUUCAGAGGGGACAGCAGUUGAAUCUGAACAGGGUUGGUUUGAGCUGGCCUUAUAUAAUCUUUCUAACUUGUUUCUAAUGCUGACUGUUAAGUACUUUGUAUCUCAGUUUAAAAAACAUUGUGUACAAAGAAAAAAUUAACGUUUGUUUAUCUAUUAUUCGAAUCAGAACAUGGAAAUAAAAGACGGAGAGCUGUCUUUUUUACCAGAGCGGGUCACACAAGGUCCACUUUAUUACUCUGCAAUAUAUCAAAACACCGUUUUGCAGUAUUUUGUAGAUCCAAGACCUCAACAUUUUUAAAGCUUCUUCUUUUGUACUAUAUCUAUUCUAUUUUACAAGAUUGAGCUCGAUAUGGCUUGUUGACUGAAGUAACAUUUCACCUGGGGUGUCCCAAAUCUAGAGCCCACAUGCCCACUACUAACCUUAAAGAGGCCCUCGCUAACACACACACACACACAUACACACACGUUGAUUCUUUACAGGGCCAGAGCUGUGGUUCAGCAUGGCAGUUAAGUUUCACAAUAGACGAUUACAAACAGUAUUCACAAGGUCUUUUUCCGUCUUAUUUUGAUAAAUGUGCUCUUUGCUAUUCCUGUGGCCUUUAAAUAUGAAUAUAUAUCUAAGUAUAUAUAUGUUAUGGAUUUAUAUGCAAAAGUUCCUGUCCUAUUAUAGCAUAAGAGAUAAAAACAAUACCAUGCUUGAAUGGCCCCCCCUCGCCUGAAGUCAUUUCCCAUUUACAAUAAGAUUUACACCCUAGGAUUGAAAUAUAUUUCAGUUCAGAGAUUUUCUAUCUAAAUUGGUUGAUUUCAAGCUGCUUUCUUGUGUUUUUUGUUUGUGUCUUUGUAACAAUGAAAGAGAAAUCAAAUCUUUUCUCUGUUUGUAAAUUUGCCAGAUCACGGGAACGGCCGUUUCUGUGUCCUUAAACUUGUAGCUACAUCUCGGUAAGAAUGUGCUUGUGAGGGAAAGACGAGAGUGAGCGAUAGAGAAAGGGAAGUGGCGGCACUAAAUACAAAGUGAAAGAAGAAGUGAAUGAAAUUAAAAACGUUACCUCAGUGAGGAAUUUUUCAGGGAUUUUUUUGACAAUGCAUCUUGCAUCGUGUUACAGCUUGAAACACAAGCUGUUUUGUAUUGUGCUGUAAACAGUUUUUAAAAUAGAUGCAAUCUGUCUGUGUUUUAAAACAAAGGGGCAUGUUGACCGGGGCAGUUUCACCUUUCUGUCUACUGAAGAAAAUACAAUUGACCCUAUGUUAUGUACAGUAUAUGGAAACAACUCAAGACAUGUUUAUACCGCAAAUAAAUAUUGAAAUAUUUUUUUUCUUUAA